CCCACAGCCUGGGCAUGUGUCCUGACUUGGAAUUGAACAGGUGACCUCUUGGUGCUUUGCCCAUCGCUCAGCCACACUGAGCCACACCAGCCAGGCUUACUAAGAGUUCUUACUUGGAGCUUUCCUGAAGUUAUUUGCAAGUAUUUAUGUUAUUGUAAAUUUGUGUUUUGAGGGGAGGAGAAUGGUAUUCACUAUUAUCAGAUUUUCCCAGGGAUCUGUGACAUAAAACAAAUAAAUAGUCACUGCUUUACAAUCCAGGUUGUAUAGUCUCCUGAACACCUCUUGUGACAGAUAAUUCACUACCUCUGGAGACCACCCACUCCACCUCCAGAUAGUUCUGGUUUUUAGGUAGUGUUACCUUAAAGUGAACUGAACUUCUACUCUUUGUUCUCUCUCUGGAGCCAGAGAGUCUAAUCCUUGUUUUGUAAUACAGUACUUGAAGUGUUUUAAGAGAAGUCUCAUAUCUCCAAGAAUAGUGAUAUGCAAGCCAAAUGCUCUGUGUUCUUCCAGUCUAUCCAAAAAAAGGACUCGCUCAGCAGCGGCUUGAAAACUUGCUACAAGUAUCUGCAUCAGACCAGUCGCAGUUUCUCAGUUGUUAUCCAGGCGCUCGAUGAAGAAUUGCGCCAUGCAGUAUGCAUAUUUUACCUGAUUCUCCGAGCUCUGGACACUCUGGAAGAUGACAUGACCAUCAGUAUAGAAAAAAAGGUCCCACUGUUACACAACUUUCACUCUUACCUUUAUGAGCCUGACUGGCGGUUCAUGGAAAGCAAGGAGAAGGAUCGACAAGUGCUAGAGGACUUCCCAACGAUCUCCCUUGAGUUUAGAAAACUGGCUUUGAAAUAUCAAACAGUGAUUGCCAACAGUUCCCGGAAAAUGGGGUUUGGGAUGGCGGAGUUUUUGAAUAAGCAGGUGACAUCUGAAGAGGAGUGGGACAAGUAUUGUCACUAUGUUGCCGGGCUCGUGGGAAUUGGCCUUUCUCAGCUGUUCUCGGCCUCAGAGUUAGAAGACCCCGUAGUUGGUAAUGACUUAGAAUGCGCCAAUUCUAUGGGCCUGUUUUUGCAGAAAACAAACAUCAUUCGUGAUUAUCUGGACGAUCACAAAAGUGGAAGAGAGUUUUGGCCUCAAGAGGUUUGGAGCAAGUAUGUUAAGAAGUUGGGUGAUUUUGCUAAGCCAGAGAAUAUUGACUUGGCUGUGCAGUGUAUGAAUGAGCUUAUAACCAAUGCACUACGCCACAUUCCAGAUGUCAUCACCUACCUUUCUAGACUUAGAAACCAAAGUGUGUUUAACUUUUGCGCUAUUCCUCAGGUAAUGGCCAUUGCUACUUUGGCUACCUGUUAUAAUAAUCAGCAGGUGUUCAAAGGGGUAGUGAAGAUUCGAAAAGGACAAACAGUAACCCUAAUGAUGGAUGCCACCAACAUGCCAGCUGUCAAAGCUAUAAUAGACCAGUAUAUGGAAGAGAUCUAUCAUAGAAUCCCCGACUCAGACUCAUCUUCUAGUAAAACAAAGGAGACCAUCUCCACGAUUAGGGCACAGAAUCUUCCCAGUUGUCAGCUGAUCUCCCGAAGCCAGUACUCCCCCGUUUACCUGUCAUUUCUCAUGCUCUUGGCUGCCCUGAGCUGGCAGUAUGUGAGCACCCUGUCCCAGGUCACAGAAGACUAUGUCCAGACCGGAGAACACUGAUUUGUUUAUGGUGAAAUAGACUGACCUUCGGUCAAGGAUGAUUUUGGCUUCCCCCCUUUUUUCCCUUCCUGCUUUAAUCCUGUAAGAACUUUGUGGGCUUGGACCUCAAGAAACUAUGACAUGCAGCUGAGAAGAUAAACGAAGAUACUGUACCCUCAGCACCUGGUCUCUGAAGGCGGUGCUGGUCUGCACGUGGCAGCUGGUGGAGCACUCAGGCUGCAGGCCGCAAGUUGCUGCAUGUGGGACUGCUGGAGGCCCCGGCUGCAUCCGGCUGCGUAAUGAAAUGUAUUUAACUUGAAGCAGGCUUUGAACACCUAUCCUAGUAGAAAAGUGAAUUUUCUUUAUGUUUGUUUCCUGUUUUUCUCAUGAUAUUGUUUUCUUCGCUUGAUUUGAAUGUAGUAGCUGUGAAGUUGAUAGACCUAGGUAAUUUUUCUGUGUUUCCAAAGAAUGUGGACUGUCUUCUGCACAUAAAAGCUAUGAAUUAA